AUGGCAGAGUCAACCUCUUUUUAUGAAGAAAAAAAGUGUUUAUUAAAUAGAUUAGGCAAAAUCUCAAAUGUGACUGGUUUGAUGACAGGACCAUUUGUUCCAUUACUUUUGUUCAAAACGAUUAUGAAUGAAUUAAUAGAAUCAAUAAAACUUCUAACAAAUUCAAGUCAAACAAUGAAAGAAGGAUUAGAGCAACUUUUUGCUAACUCGGGUGUACAACCUAAAACUGUCAUAAAUGACAUUUCAGAAGAGAUUUGCGAUGCAAAAAAACAAGAUGAUAUUAUUCAACAAUUUAAAAAAACUAUUCCAAACUUACAAUUCGAUAUCAAACCUCAAUUUUCAAAAGUCAUUUAUGACUCAGCUGAAAACAAAACAAACUCGGUAGAUUCGAUUAAAAAAUCGUUCUUUAAUAAAAUAUACAAUACACCACAUCUUCUCAUUGUUAAUAUUAGUAAAAGAGGAGAUGUUUUUGGUUGUUAUGUAUCAAAAAGAUGUGUUAAAAAGGAUAAUUGGAUUGAAGACCCCGAACAUAGGAUAUUCAGGUAUGAUCCAAAGACUAACAAAACAGAAGUUUGGCGUCUUAAGAAACAAUCAAAAAAUGGAACAAAAGCCUUUUACUUUAAAUCAGAAGGAGAAUAUUUGUAUGUUAAUAUGGGAAUUGUUAUCCAAGCAGAUCCCUUUGGAGCACCUUACAGUCAAAUAUACAAAUGGAUUCCAGAGCAUUAUUCUAUAGAUGAUUCCUCAAAAAUAGUUGGUCAUAAUCAGUUAUUUACAGUAAUAAGAACUAUUGUCUUUCAAACAUCUCCUCAAAGAAUUAAUUAA